AUGCGAGGUCAUUUCCUGCCAACCGAUUACGAGCAAAUGCUUUUCCAUCAAUAUCAACAUUGUAACCAAGGGCAGCGCACCGUCAGUGAUUAUACCGAAGAAUUUUACAGGUUGAGCGCACGCAACAAUCUGAGGGAAUCUGAGAAUCAACUCGUUGCCAGGUACACGGGAGGUUUGCGGGAGGCGGUGCAAGACAAGUUGCAACUAAAUUCCUUGUGGACACUCUCACAGGCCGUCAAUUUUGCACUCAAAGCCGAAUUACAACUAUCAAAACAAUCUAAGAGUUACUCCUCGCGACGGAUCCUCCCUGAUCAGCCCAGCGAUUCCCGCAGUUUGAGUUCCAAUAAACCCACCGCUCAAGCAUUACCCACGGGCACCAGUAACAAUUCUGACGGCAAAGCACCCUUCAAGCCUCGGCAACCACCACGAGAUAAUCCUUACAUAAAGCCCACGACCUUAAAGUGCUUCCGUUGUUUCCAGCUGGGGCACAAAUCAAAUGAGUGCCCCACACGUCCACAGCUACAACUCGUUGAGGGAGACAAUGAGGAAACGGAAGAAAGAAUCACGGCCGAUUAUGACGAGAAUGUAGAGGAACUCGUACCUGAUGAAGGAGACGUAGUUGUGUGUAUUUUGGAACGCUUAUUACUGGCACUUCGUCAACCUACCAAUUCUCAGCGGAAUGCGAUAUUCCGCACACGGUGCACCAUCGGUGGACGAGUUUGCGAACUCUUGAUUGACAAUGGGUGCACUGAAAAUGUGGUCUCCCGCUCCUUGGUACAAGCCUUGCAGCUCAAGACGACGAAGAAUCCUCAACCGUAUAAAAUCAGUUGGGUUAAAAAGGGGGUAGAAAUUUCUAUUUCGGACAUGUGCAGAGUUAGUUUUUCCAUUGGCAAAAAUUAUACAUGUGAAGUCCUAUGCGACGUUAUUGAUAUGGACGUUUGCCACAUGAUUCUGGGCCGCCCGUGGCAAUAUGACAACGGAGAUGUAUAUGAUUGUCGCCAAAAUACGUAUUCCUUUGAAUGGAAAGGGCGGAAGAUACGGCUCCUUCCACAUGUUACUGUAUCGGUUGACACCUCUAACAAGAACAAAGCUGUUCUUAAUAUUGUGUCUGGAGCCAACUUCCUAGCAGGACAACCUUCCUACAUUUAUGCCGUGGUGGCUGUUGAUGAUCCUCCAAGCCAAUCGCAAGCGAUCCAGGCCCCAGAAAUUGCUGCUGUAAUUCAGGAGUUCGGGGAUGUGAUGCCCGCUGAUUUACCGUCUGAGCUGCCACCAAUGCGGAUGAUUCAACACCAGAUUGAUUUGGUUCCUGGGGCUAAUCUGCCCAAUCUACCGCAUUACCGCAUGAGUCCGAAAGAACAUGAGAUAUUGCAGGAAAUGAUUGAAAAUUUGCUGAAGCAGAAAUUGAUCCAGCCGAGCCUUAGCCCGUGUGCAGUGCCCGCUUUGCUUGUUCCAAAAAAAGACAAUAAGUGGCGAAUGUGUAUUGAUAGUAGAGCUAUCAAUAAGAUCACUACCAAGUUCCGGUUUCCCGUCCCGCGCGUUGAGGAGAUGCUUGAUAAGCUCGCUGGAUCCAAAUUGUUCUCCAAGCUCGAUCUCCGCAGUGGAUACCAUCAGAUACGAAUUCGUCCCGGUGACGAAUGGAAGACCGCCUUCAAAACCAAGCAGGGGUUGUUCGAGUGGCGUGUCAUGCCUUUUGGACUUUGCAAUGCACCAGCAACUUUCAUGCGGUUGAUGAAUGAGGUACUCAAGGAUCAUCUUAACCGUUUUUGUGUUGUUUAUUUCGAUGAUAUCUUGAUUUACAGCCCCUCGUUCGAAGAUCAUGUUUAG